GGUGGACGCAAAGGGAGAGGGGCGGGCCCGGCCCGGCCCGGCUCGCCCCGGCCGCCCGCGCGCGGCUCCUAGAGCGCCCCGGGCCCAGCCCGGUUGGCGGCGGCGGCGGCGGUGGCUGUAGCCCGAGGCCUCGGUGGUGCCCGCGCGCUGCGCCGCAGACAUGGCCCUGGUGACCCUGCAGCGCUCACCCACGCCCAGCGCCGCCUCCUCCUCCGCCAGCAACAGCGAGUUGGAGGCUGGCAGUGAUGAAGAUCGCAAGUUAAAUCUCAGCGUAAGCGAGAGCUUUUUCAUGGUGAAAGGAGCAGCCCUCUUCCUGCAGCAGGGGAGCAGCCCUCAAGGCCAGCGAAGUCUUCCGCACCCCCACAAGCACGCAGGUGACUUGCCCCAACACCUUCAAGUGAUGAUCAAUCUCCUGCGAUGUGAAGACAGAAUCAAGCUGGCCGUGCGCCUGGAGAGCGCCUGGGCGGAGCGGGUGCGGUACAUGGUGGUGGUGGACAGCAGCGGGCGGCAGGACACAGAGGAGAGCAUCCUGCUGGGCGUCGACUUUUCCAGUAAGGAAAGUAAGAGCUGUACUAUCGGGAUGGUUCUCCGGCUGUGGAGCGACACAAAAAUCCACCUGGACGGCGACGGUGGAUUCAGCGUGAGCACGGCAGGACGGAUGCACGUCUUCAAGCCCGUGUCUGUCCAGGCCAUGUGGUCUGCCCUGCAGGUCCUUCACAAGGCCUGCGAAGUGGCGCGGAGGCACAACUACUUCCCCGGGGGCGUGGCCCUGGUCUGGGCCAGCUACUACGAGAGCUGCAUCGGCUCCGAGCAGAGCUGCAUCAACGAGUGGAACGCCAUGCAGGACCUGGAGUCCACGCGGCCCGACUCCCCAGCCCUGUUCGUGGACAAGCCAACCGAAAGGGAAAGGACCGAGCGCCUCAUCAAAGCCAAGCUCCGGAGCAUCAUGAUGAGUCAAGACCUAGAAAAUGUGACCUCCAAAGAAAUCCGUAAUGAAUUGGAGAAACAGAUGAACUGCAACUUGAAAGAAUUCAAGGAAUUCAUAGACAAUGAGAUGCUCCUAAUCUUGGGACAGAUGGACAAGCCCUCCCUCAUCUUCGAUCACCUUUAUCUCGGCUCUGAAUGGAAUGCAUCCAAUCUGGAGGAACUGCAGGGCUCAGGUGUUGACUACAUUUUAAAUGUCACUAGAGAAAUAGAUAAUUUUUUCCCUGGCUUAUUUGCAUAUCACAACAUCCGAGUCUAUGACGAGGAGACGACAGACCUUCUUGCCCACUGGAACGAAGCGUACCACUUUAUAAACAAAGCAAAGCGGAACCACUCCAAGUGUCUGGUACACUGCAAAAUGGGAGUCAGCCGGUCCGCCUCCACGGUCAUAGCGUACGCGAUGAAGGAGUUCGGCUGGCCGCUGGAAAAGGCGUACAACUACGUGAAGCAGAAGCGCAGCAUCACACGCCCCAACGCAGGCUUCAUGAGACAGCUGUCUGAGUACGAAGGCAUCUUGGACGCAAGCAAACAAAGGCACAACAAGCUGUGGCGCCAACAGACUGAAAGCUGCCUGCAGCAGCCCGCGGAUGACCUUGUGGGGUCUGGGGACUUCUUGCCAGAGACCCUCGACGACACCCCGGAAGCCCGGCUGCCCUGCCUGGAAGAUGCGGCCCAGCCCGCGUUCCCAAGCAGCAGGGCCCCAGGAGGCGGAGGGCCCUCUCUCUCCUGCUGUUUCCGGCGGCUCUCAGACCCCCUCCUGCAUUCCCCCAAUGACGAAAUGGGCAGUCUGGUCCAGCUGGAGGACCUGGAGAAGGACGCUCUGUCAGAGGAAGCCACUCCGCCAGCAGAGGAGGCGCACAAGCCGGCCAGGCCUCCCCAGGGAGGCCCGGGACUCUGCGAGAAGGAAGCCAAGAAGAAGCCCGAGUCCCGGAGCCUGAAAGCCCAGCGCGGGCCCUCGCCCCAGGUGGAGGAGAUGGAAAGGGAGGAGACUCCGGGAGCCGGGAGGUGGGGAAGGUCCCCGCCCCAGCUGGAUAAAAACCUGCUCAACCGGGAAAACCUAAAUAACAACAACAGCAAGAGGAGCUGUCCUGACGACUUUGAGCAUGAUGCUAUAUUUGGGAUCCUCAGCAAAGUGAAGCCCUCCUACAAGUCCUGUGCCGACUGCAUGUACCCGACAGCCAGCGGGGCUCCCGAGGCCUCCCGGGAGCGACGUGGGAACCCUGGCGCCCCGGCCAUCUGCACGCAGCCCACCUUCCUGCCCCACCUCACGCCGUCCCUGGUGGCCCACACAUCCGUCAGGUCCCGCGCUCUGGAGAAGCUGGCCUCUGGCCCAGCCGAAACGCCCCCAUUCCUACCACCAGCAAGCCCGAGGAGGCCGGACACCGGUGGCUCUGGGGCCAGGGUUGCCCCGGAACUAACAGCUAGCCUUUUGGAACCUUCCAGAGAGCCCCAGAAAGUUCUGCCAAAGUCCCUCCUUCUGAAGAAUUCUCACUGUGAUAAGAACCCUCCCAGCAUGGAGGUGGUCAAGGAAGAAUCGCCGCCCAAGAAAGACGUGAAGCCGGCCAAGGACCUGCGGCUGCUGUUCAGCAAAGAGACCGAGAGGCCGACCACACACAGCUACCUGAUGCAGCACCAGGAGUCCAUCAUGCAGCUGCAGAAGGCGGGCUUGGUCCGCAAGCACACCAAAGAGCUGGAGAGGCUGAAGGGCUCGGCCGCAGAGACGGUGUCCCCCUUCAGGGACGGCGCCAGCAGGCUGGAGGCCAGCAUCCCCGAGGAGAACCAGGACCCGGCUCCCGUUCCCCCGCCAGGGGCCCUGGCUCUGCCUGGCCAAGACGGGAGCGAUGAGAAGUCAGAGGCCACCCCUGUUCCACUGGAGGGAGCCUCGCUGAAGAGCCCCAGUCCCUUCCUCUGCCGCCUGGACCACACCAGCCACUUCUCGAAAGACUUCCUGAAGACCAUCUGCUACACCCCCACCUCGUCCUCCAUGAGCUCCAACCUGACCCGCAGCUCGAGCAGCGACAGCAUCCACAGCGUCCGCGGGAAGCCGGGGCUGGUGAAGCAGCGGACCCAGGAGAUCGAGACCAGGCUCCGGCUGGCGGGACUCACCGUCUCGUCCCCGCUCAAGCGCUCACACUCUCUUGCCAAGCUCGGGAGUCUCAACUUCUCGACAGAAGACCUAGCCAGCGAGGCCGACGUGUCCACCGUCGUUGACUCCCAGGAUGCCAAGUUGGGCGAGGCCUCCUUCCUGCAGGAGCCCCGGGCGAGCCCCGGUCACCCAGCCGCCACCUCUAAACCGUCAGGGAAAUCUGCCCCAGAAAACUUGAAAAGCCCCUCGCAGCUGAGCAAAAGCUGACCCGCCUUUAGCUCAUCACAUGACCCCUUAGUUUCACUGUGGGUUUUGGUCGGCUCUUCACGUCUUGAUUUCUCUUAAAGGAUGGUGUUCUGACUCCCUGCCCCCCCCCCACCUUGCCAGAGGGGAGGAGAAGAAAGAAGCUCGCAGCCCAAGAAGAAGGGGAGUAUGCGUUGUGUGGCUGGGAGGACCAGAAGCUGUCGGCCAGCAGGCUCUGAGCCCAAGUCAUGUGUUUUCCAGAAGAGUCGUGUCUGAAGAGGAACAUAGACAGAUAUGCACGCACAUCAGAAGUUCUCCAUUUGCGGCAUGCGAGAGGACAGUCGCGGUGACUGCCUCCUCGCCGUGGUGCACGCUCCGACCUCACUCUGGCCCUCGUGGGGAAAGUCUUGGAUGGCAAUAUAAGUCCUACCUCUGUUCUUGCUGAGCUUUUUAUUGUUAAAACACAGUGAUGAGCAAGGCUCAUUCCAGGGAAUAAUGCUGUGUCAGAAACAGGUUUUCCAAAACGGAGGGGUUUCUUUUUUUUUUUUAUUUGAGCCCCCAAAAGUGUUAGGAUUUCUGACUUGACUACACCUGCUGUCGUUGGGCCAGCCCCGUGGCGCGCGGAGAUCAUCUGUGGGGUGCACUUGUCCGUCCCAGCUGUUGUCACGGCCGAGUGGUGUGUGUCCGGCCCGCACUGGGGUCUGGUGGGGGGAAGUGUGUGCGGCGUCUUCCGCUGUUGCUCGUGGUGGAUUUGGAAUGGCCCCCCGCCUGGGCUGAAGGACCCACCGGGCACUGCCGAGUCUCCUCUGCUGUUGAGCCCCGUAGUUGUGAAGAGUUCUGAAAGUGCCUGGUGGCGGCAGUUGUCCUGAGAUGCAGAUCGUCCCGCCAGAAGCCCCGGCACUCAAGGUCAUUUGGUCACAUCUACUCAGUUUUGGGGAGGAAAAGGAAAGUCGAGCAGUGAGAAAUGAUCAGUUCCUCUCUAAGAGCAACCGAGCCGAAGCUUCUCUGAAAGAAAUGCAGCUGUCGAAAAGCUUCACAGGUGUUUACAGUUGCCCAUUUCUGUGCGGGGAGGGCGGCUGCCUGUCUCCCUCUGGCUGUUCCUAGUGGCACAGGUGGAGCCCAGGGGGCCCUCGGACCCAGCCUGGGCUCUGUGAGUAGCCCCGUUAGAGUCAGGUGGGCUUGGUGUGCCAUGCUGCGGGGGGACUCUGCGCUCCAGUGGAGGGUCAUCUGGUGUCGGUCAGCAAGGCGAGAUGUUAAAAUAUUUUGAGAAGGGAGAAAGGGCUUGGUUGGAAAGGUUUAUUCAGGGGUCAGCAAACUGUGGUAUGUGGUCUCGUGAGCUAAGAAUGGCUUUUACAGUUUUUUCAGGGGUUAUAAGAAAAAUAAACUAAUAGGCAGCAAAGACCACAGAGCCUGCCAAGCCUAAGAUGUUCAUUAUCAGGCCCCGCGUAGAAAAAGUCCGCUGACCCCCGGUCUUGUUCGACAGCACAGGGCUGCCCAGGGCCCUCUAGGAAGAACCUGGGCAAAUGUGAAGGCCUCCCUGCCUCCAGCCACCUCAGGCCAAAUCCACCUCCGGACCCCGACCUCACCUGCCUACCCCCAGCUGUCCCCUGCAGCGUGGCCGGCUCUGUCCACGCGGAAGCGCUCCUGGCUGAAGCUGAUCCGCAGGGGCAGCUCGCCCUCGGCUGGGUCGGCCACAUUAAGUCAGCGGAAGUACACAGCCUUCAGGGACCAGCCAGGUUCUCAAAGUGGGUGUGAGGCCAGCCGUCUUACGUUAGUCCAAAAGAACCCCCGACAGCCACCACUGUGGACAGGCCCGGGCAGGGGCUGCGGGAACAUGUUUCACCUAGUGCGAGAGUUCCGGGGGAAAAAAACCUCUUUCCAGGAACUUUCUCUCCCGGACCUUAUCCUUUUCAUUGUAGACCUGUAUGUUAUUUUACUUUGUAGGAAUUUGUUUCCCCACCACCGUUCAUUGAAAUCACAUUAAAAGGUGAUUGCUCACUUCACUUGAAAACGCUGCUAGGUUUUUCUCCCUCUCUCUCAGCCAACGAAAGCAUAUUCUCAAAAAAAAAAAAAAAUCCAGUUCAAUACGUUUUGCCAAAUUAAAUUUCAUGUGGUGGAUCAAUUUUUGUGUCAAAAUAAUCCUUUAGAUUUGGUGGUGACAGGUUAUGUUUCUGCUUUUUUCAACCAUGCCUGUGCAUGAGAGUGAUAUAUUUUUGAAAACUUUAAUUUUGAAAGCCAUAAUUUUUCUUACCCAGUUAAAGGGCAGGAGGGGGAUGACAAAUCGGAGUAGCUUUUUGGCUUUUGUCAAAAUGAUCUAUGCAUUUUCAGAAGCACAGUCAGUAUAUUAACAUCGAAACAGACCAGGGCCCAGGGCCCCACCAUCAGAGCAAAAUGAAGCCUCCUCGACCUGGUGGGUAGACCGAGAAAGGGAAGAAGCCUUUUCUCCCAGCCCCAGAUGGGUCGGGUGUCAGCGUGCGGCAGAGUCCUCACUGAAACGUACUGACCAGAGCAGCCCGCCGGGUCGCCGUGGCAGAGAGGCCAGGUCGCCAUGGCAGAGACACUCACGCUGCUCUCUGCGGGGAGGGUUUGCUCUGGAAGAUGCGCCACAUCCUGACCGACCUUCUGUUUGUGAUCUUAGCCGAUGGGGAAGAUUCCCAAGAUGAGCGGCGCAAGCCAGAGGCAGGGGCGUGUGCCCCGAAAAGUCAUUGAUGUCGGUGCCUGCCGUGCCCGCCGUGCUCACGGGGUGCCUUUGUCCAAUUAGGAGAGAACAAAAAUGUCCUGAAUCAGCUUGACACCGUGCACUCGGCUGCGUCUCCCCUUCCACCUCACCUGCCCCGCACUGUUGCUCCUGUGGCACGCCAAAAGUGGGGCUGAACCAGACCUUCGUGUGGCCCUGACACAGAGGGGUCACCUGGUCAAGUUCUGUCACGUGUAAGUGGGAAGCCGGUCCAGGAGCGAGGAGAAACCACGCCGCCCUGUGAUCAUGCUCUGACAGAGCCGGUGUCCUCGCGUCUUUGUCGUGGGGCCAUGUCUGUUGUUGCCUGAGCUGCUCGUGGGUCAGUGUGGGGACGCAGGCCAACCUCUGGGCUGGUGACAGUUCUCUGUUAGGUAGUGACACCCCGUCCACCUGGUAUGCAGAUCACUCACCAGGUACCCCAACAGCUGCACUGCCCAACCCUCUGCCCCACCCCGCUCUCUCCAGCAUUGAAAAGCAUUGCAGCCCAUUCCAAAGUCGUUUCCCUCCUGGGUCAGUAAGCCCAGAGGGUGCCACAGGACAGAGCCAAGUUUGCGAUAGAAUUAACACCUUCAGGGCGACCCUAUACUUCGGCCCUCCUGCCUCUCCACACAGGCCCCAUCCUAGAAGGUUGAUGAAUUCCCGUGCUUCCUGGGGCCAUUCCUCCCCAUUGGGAACAAAGCUGCAUCAUGUAGUCAAGAUCAUGUAAGUGACCUCCUUCAGGGUGUCCCAAGAGGGACUUGCUCACCGUGGCCGGAAAUACUCGGUGCCAGAAUACAUUUCCUCCAAUGCUGCUCUGACUUGCCACCCAGCAGGGCUGCCCAGAUACACACAGCACAGUAAGGGUGGCCAUUUCACUGCUGGCCAGGGAGCCAGGUGGGCUGGGAAAACUGUGACAUCCAGACAGCACGGUGCAGGGUCGCCUGCUCUGGCCCCGCCCUGCAGGUUCUUGCCGACGCUGCAUGCCAAAGGAAGGUAGGUAGUCGACUGACCCCCCCAGCUCAGUUCCUGGGUCCUUUUGCUUUCUGCUCUGAAAUCGAACACCUGUUUGAGUUCACUCUGCAUAUACAUGUUUGAAUAUGUAUAUACUUGAGUCAUACCGUCAUGGGUGUCACCUCUCGUUCACACACGCACUGUCACUGAGCUGUGAAGCGGGUCCCCUGGGGCGAUCCGGACCCGACUGCCUUGUUUUGGACUUGGAGGAGGGGCUGCGGCCCUGGCUUCCGUCAGCCCCUAAAACAGGAGACGUUACAACCCGACCACCAGUCCUCUGCCAGCCCCUCGUCAGCGGUGCUGCGCGAGAAGGUGGCCGCCUCCUCCCUCUUUUCCGACACUGUAAUUGUUGUUUUACAAUGGAGUGCCUUAAUAAUAGUUUACAAAUACUGUGUAUUUAUGGGAAACUGUUAAGCUCUCACUUUCUGUGAUUGGAUACUUUGCCUUGUCUGUGGCGGUUGGGGCUGGGGCUCGCCCCGUCCCGUCCCCGUGCUCAUCUGCUGUGCAGUCCUGCGCGCGCACCCACAGCUGUGCAAGGAGCUUUGCUAGAAAUGGCUCUGGGGGGCUCUGCAGGCGAGGCAGGCACUGGCUCACGCUGCGACCCGGAGUCGUGAGGAGAGACUAGAACUCGGUGUGCCAGCCAGCCGAGGGGAGGGGGUGCAGCCCCAGCCCCGCCCUCCACCCCAUCACACAGUUGCGGUCUUCUUCAGUAGAGAUUCUUUUUCUUGCCACCUGGGCCACCCUGUUUUCUUCUCUGCUGGUGUCCUGAGCUCUUCGCAACAAAAUGCAGGUACAGAACCCUCCCCCGCCCCCCCCAAAAUCAGGAGCUCCACAAGAUGGGUUGCCCUUCGGUUUUCAGAAGCUGCCAGUGGGUUCUGGUGUGUUGCAUAAUGAUAUCAAUUUUUUUUAUUAUAUUGUUUUUCUUGUUUUUUAUAGUAUAUAUUUAAAAGGCAGUAUCUUUUGUACUGUGAAUUUGCAGUAGAAGAUGCAUAAUGCACUUUUUUUUUUUUACUUCUGUUGGUGUGUGCUGUAUAUAUAGUCCGUGUGCUUCUUGUGAUGAAAAUAAACUUUUUCUUUACAAA